UGUGCGUUGACAGGGGCAACUGUCAAGUUUUGUUGUGCUGCCAGCAGAAGAGAGUUGGGAAUUUUUUUUUCACGGUGAAAAGACGCGCACAGCCCUUUCGGUGUAAUUUGAGUUUUUUGAAGUUGACGGAAUCUGCGCCAAGAUGCUGCACAAGAAGCCGGCCGGAGCGCUGUACGAUCCGAUGAUCAUCCCGCGGGUCAAGCAGUACCUGGAGGAAAACGUCCACCAAACGUACGUGGACGUCGGGGUGAUGGCGCGCGAGCUGCAGGACCGGUACCGCGAGUACAACCGCCGCAAGACGGUCCCCUUCCGGAUGCUGGUCGAGCAGGCGUACAAAACGGUGCUGCACAGCUACGGCCUCGACAGCAACCCGUCGAGCGACAACGAGGAGGAGGGAAACUCCGACUUGGAGGUGAUGGAGGAGGGCGGUGGAUCGAGUGGCCGGAACGCGAACCACAUGAACGACACGCUCACGAACAUGUACAUGAACAGUGGCAAGGCCAAGGCGGGUGGUUCGGCUGCUGCUGCUGGUGGUGGGGCGGCUAGUGGGGGCGAUGGCGAUGCGAUUGACAUCAGUAGCGAUGAGGACGAUGAGGGCGGGAACUCGCGGGAUAAGGAGAAGGCGGUUUCUACGACGAGCGACCGGGAACGGAUGAAGGUCAUUGAGACGCAGAUUGCGUCGAACAAGCACAUUACGGUGACGAAGGUUACGCGUGGUGGGGUGGAGAAGCCACGAUCUGGGGAUGAGGCGGUUGACUCGAGCAAUGGGAGUACGAACGGGCGGAGGGCGGCGGAACAGCAGGGAUUGCAUCAGGCGAAGAGGCGUCGGUUGGAGCAGGCGCAAAAUUCCGAGGUUAGCAACAGCAAUUCUAAUCCGCUGCUGCCUGGGUAUCCGGCGAUUGUUCCGGCAGCUUCGUCGCGGAAUGUUGAGAAGCAGCAUCAGCAGCAGCAUCAACAGCCGGCAAAGGUGGCUCCAGCUGGAGGUCGGUCGGAGCGCUCGAAGCGCUUCAAGAAGGAGGUUUGGUCCAAGUUGGUGGACACCUGCUUCUUGGACGUUGGUGGAAUGGACAAGAUCCUGCGCGAUUUGUGCGAACUGUUGCUGCACGUGAAGCAUCCGGAGGUUUACCGGCAUAUUGGAUUGCCGCCGCCGCGUGGAUUCCUGCUGCACGGACCUCCUGGCUCGGGGAAGACGUUGCUUGCGCACGCCAUCGCCGGUCAGCUCAAGAUCGGACUGAUUGAGAUCGCCGCCACGGAGUUGGUCGCGGGAGUUUCCGGCGAAUCGGAGGAACGCAUCCGGGAAGUGUUCGAGCAGGCCGCGAUCCUUUCGCCGUGCGUACUCUUCAUCGACGAGAUCGACGCCAUCUCGGCGAACCGCGUCAACGCCCAGAAGGACAUGGAACGACGAGUCGUUGCGCAGCUGUUGAGCAGCUUGGAUGGGCUCUCGCGGAUCGAAGGCGGUGACGAGGUGCUCGUCAUCGGUGCCACCAACCGGCCAGAUGCGCUCGACCCGGCCCUGCGUCGCGUCGGUCGCUUUGACCAGGAAAUCUCGCUCGGAAUUCCGGAUCGCGAUGCGCGCGCUCAAAUUCUGAAAAUCAUCUGCAAAAACCUCAAACUUGAGCAGUCCAUCAACUACGACGAACUCGCCAAGCUUACCCCCGGUUAUGUCGGAGCGGAUCUGCUGGCGCUGGUCACCCGUGCGGCCACGACCGCCAUCAAGCGAAUGCUCACGGAACGCGAACGCCACCAGCUGCUGGUCGAGGCCACCCGCGAGCGUGAUCUGGAAAUCCAGCUUCGCAAAGCGGAGCAAGAACGACUCAAGCAGCUGGCCAAGAAAGCCGUCGUCGAUGACGAAGUCAUGGAGGUGGACGAAUCUGCCAAGAGCAAACUCAACGGAAACACCUCCGUUGAUGACGUGGUUGCGCUGGAGGACGACGUCGAGGAGGUCGUAAACCUGGACGACGACAAGGAGGAAGAAAAAUCAGCCGAAGCCGAGAAGACAACCUCGGAAGAGGAGAAAAAGGUCGACGAGACCGCUGACAAAGACGCGGCCAAGCCCGACGAAGCGGAAGCAAAACCCGCCGAAGGCGAGGACAAGAAAGAAGCGGAAGGUGAUGAAAAGAAACCCGACGAAGAAGCCAAACCAGCUGAAGCUGAAGCCGUCGCUGUCGUCGACGCCGACGUUGAAAUGGCUGCCGACAGCAGCACGCCAGCCGAGAAGGACGUCGUCCCCGUCGAAGAGCCCAAACCGUCGUCAACUGAAGUCGUCGAAGCGCCAGCCGAGUCGAGCGAAGCCGUCGCCGAAGCGGAGAAACCCGCGGAAGUUGACACCUCAGAUGAAAUCGCCGCUUCGGCGGCGGAGCCGCAGCCCGAACCCGAACCGGAAGUAGAACUGAUGGAAGAGGAAGAACCCGAGCUGGAACCGAUCCCCCUCCCAACCCUGGACCUGCCCAAGCUGAUGAAUCUCCUCCUCGACCACACGAACCCCCUGGCGGACGCCGAACUGGACAGCUUCUGCAUCGAGCGGGACGAUUUCCUCGACUCGCUCAAAUCGGUUCAACCUUCGGCCAAGCGCGAGGGCUUCAUCACCGUGCCGGACGUCACCUGGAACGACAUCGGAUCGCUCGGAGACAUCCGGGAGGAGUUGAAGCUGGCCAUUCUGGCGCCCGUAAAGUUCCCCCACCGGUUGAAGAUGCUUGGGCUGAGUGCUCCGUCGGGGGUGUUGCUGUGCGGACCGCCUGGCUGUGGAAAGACGCUGCUCGCGAAGGCCGUGGCGAACGAGGCCGGGAUUAACUUUAUCUCGGUGAAGGGACCGGAGCUGCUGAAUAUGUACGUCGGCGAAUCGGAGCGCGCCGUGCGGCAGUGCUUCCAGCGGGCCCGCAACUCCGCCCCGUGCGUCAUCUUCUUCGACGAGUUCGACUCGCUGUGCCCGAAGCGGUCGGACAAUGCCGAGGGCGGCGCCGGCAUGCGCGUCGUCAACCAGCUGCUCACCGAGAUGGACGGCAUCGAGGACCGGAAGGGCGUGUUCCUGAUGGCGGCCACCAACCGACCGGACAUUGUCGAUCCGGCCGUGCUGCGUCCGGGCCGCCUGGACAAGAUUCUGUACGUGGGACUGCCGGCCGAGCCGGACCGGGCGGACAUUUUGCGCGCACUCACCAAGAACCGGUCACAGCCGCCGCUGGCCGAGGACGUCGAGCUGGGCCUGUUGGCGCGACUCACCGAGGGUUACACCGGCGCGGAUUUGGCGGGCCUGGUGCGGCAAGCCUCGUUACAGACGCUGAAGGAUUCGAUCGAUGCUUGUGAUGGCGGUGCGCAGGAGGAAGGAUCGUCGGAGGAAGCGGAAGAGCAGCAGCUGGUGGUCGAGCUCAGACACUUCCAGGAAGCGAUACGCAACAUUAAGCCUUCGGUCAAUGAAGAGGACAAGAAGCACUACGAGCGAUUGAAGCGAAAGUACGGUUCUCCGGCAGCGCAGUAAGUGCCCGCAAACUUUGCUCUGAACCAACGGAACACAAAGCUCCUAGACUUUUAAGGACAUGAUUUAGCAUUUUAGAGUGUAAGAGAAACAAAAUACUGAUGAAACUGCAGCAGCAAAACAAAACAAAA